UUCCUCUCGCCGUCGCCGCCGCGGAGCGGAGCAGAGCUGAUUAUAGUCGAGGGGCUCGGUUACCGGGCGGGCUGGGUCUAUGGUCGCUCCGCGGGCCGCUCCGCCGGCUGGUGCUUUUUUAUCAGGGCAAGCUGUGUUCCAUGGCAGGGAACUUUUGGCAGAGCUCCCACUAUUUGCAAUGGAUUUUGGAUAAACAAGACCUUUUGAAGGAGCGCCAAAAGGACUUAAAGUUUCUCUCAGAAGAAGAAUAUUGGAAAUUACAAAUAUUUUUUACAAAUGUUAUCCAAGCAUUAGGUGAACAUCUUAAAUUAAGACAACAAGUUAUUGCCACUGCUACGGUCUAUUUCAAGAGAUUCUAUGCCAGGUAUUCUCUGAAAAGUAUAGAUCCUGUAUUAAUGGCCCCUACGUGUGUGUUUUUGGCAUCCAAAGUAGAGGAAUUUGGAGUUGUCUCGAAUACAAGAUUGAUUUCUGCUGCUACUUCUGUAUUAAAAACUAGAUUUUCAUAUGCCUUUCCAAAGGAGUUUCCUUAUAGGAUGAACCAUAUAUUAGAAUGUGAAUUUUAUCUUUUAGAACUAAUGGAUUGUUGCUUGAUAGUGUAUCAUCCUUAUAGACCUUUGCUCCAGUAUGUGCAGGACAUGGGCCAAGAAGACAUGUUGCUUCCCCUUGCAUGGAGGAUAGUGAAUGAUACCUACAGAACGGAUCUUUGCCUACUGUAUCCUCCUUUCAUGAUAGCUUUAGCUUGCCUACAUGUAGCCUGUGUUGUACAGCAGAAAGAUGCCAGGCAGUGGUUUGCUGAGCUUUCUGUGGAUAUGGAGAAGAUUUUGGAAAUAAUCAGGGUUAUUUUAAAACUAUAUGAGCAGUGGAAGAAUUUUGAUGAGAGAAAAGAGAUGGCAACUAUCCUUAGUAAGAUGCCGAAACCGAAACCACCUCCAAACAGAAAUUCCAUGAGUGAUUCUCCACUAGUGGCAGGGCCUGAAGCUGCAAGAUGAUGAUGGACAGGAUAAGGCAAUAAUCCUAUUGCCACAGUUACUGGUAUUUUCAGUUUUAGUUGUUUUUAUUUUAAAUAUUCAGCAUUUACCAGAAAAUUACCAUAUUUCUUUCUGAUUUAUAAAGGUUUGUUGUAUUUACAUGAUUUUAUUACACCUCUGGACAACAAUUUUUUUGGAAGAACACUUUGAUUUUCAUAAUUAGUUAAUAGGAAUAGGAUUUUACAUGUAGAAUUUAAUUCUAUAGGAAAUUUCUUCAGAAGCAGCUCUCAUCUCUAUGUUGAGUGAUACCUGUAAUGACAAUGAAGUCCUAUGCCCUAAUUUAAAUUUUUUGAGUGUACAUGGACACUAACUUCCAAAAUGCUUUUACAUGUGAAGGCACAAAACUACAUAAAAAUAAAAACAUAAAACCAAAUGGUAGUCUUCUGUAUUUUAAUUUUUCCACCUCUGUGUCUUACAAUCAGGAAUGUCUUUGUUUUGUAGAGUUGUGCCAUAGAAUAGCUAACUGUAAAAUUAGUAGGUUUAUCAAGCUGAUGAAAAUUGAAUCUUUUAAUUGGUAUAAAAUCUCUUUCUUCCCCACUUUAACAGUGAAGGAGAGCAGGGUCCAAAUGGAAGUCAGAACUCUAGCUACAGCCAAUCUUAAAACAUUCCGAAGAAAUCCGUAGUGGACCACUUGGAAAUAAACCAUUGGACAGUUUUCAGUAAUGUCUUCAGUGGAACACAAAUGAAAAUGAAUAGCUUGUUUCUGUCAAGCACAUUGGGAAGUUAUUUUAUUUUUGCAAAAUAAUUUUUUCCUCACCUGAUUUGAUUCUAGUACAUAAUUGAUUAAAAUUUCUUGAUUAUAAAAAUUUGGAAAGGUUCUAAGGGACCUACAGACAGACAUACAUAGACAUUUCAUGAUUUAUAGCUUUUUGAUUAGUAUUUUUUUUUUUUUUUAAUUUGGAUUUGUUUUUACUAAAUCAGGAAACAUGAAGCAUAAUUUGUUUAAAAUUCUUUUUGGUCAUUGAAGGACCAAAAAAAGGACAUAAAAAGUCAAACAUAAGAGGGCUUUUUUUCCCUCCUUAAGUUAAACUUUAAAGCUAUAUUUAAGAAAUCAGAUCUUACAGAAUCCUGGAAGAUUUUGCUAAUGAUGUUGAUAAUGUCAGGGAAAUAAAUCAAGUACCUAUUGAUUUAAAAGUAUAUUUUAUUCAGUAGUUUGGUAUCUUGCCAGGGAAGAUACUAGCCCAGCCUAGCAGAAAAGUGCAAUAUGUAUAGCAUACUUUGACAUUUUAAAAGUUUAUUAAUUCUGUAAUGAUUUUGAAAUGCUGGGCAAACUUAAAAAAAAAGUUCCUACAUGAAGUUAUUUGCAAUUGAUUCAUAAUUAAUCAGGCAUUUUUAAAGUUAAUUGGAUAAAACACCAUAAUAUGGUUGAAAUUUGGUAAAAUUUUAAUGUUAAUUUUUACUCUACUGUGAAAAGUUUUUAUAAGACAUACACACCCUAGCUUAUUUUUGUGUUUUAGUGUGGAUUUACAAAUUUACUACAGGUAUCCUGAGCCAGGAACACAAUCAGGUUUCAGGCCAGUUUGAUACUGGCUAUUAUUCUAACGUGAGUGUAGGAAUUCAGGCUAAAUGUUAUGUCAGUGGGACUGUGCUGUCUGUGGAACUUAAUAAAUUAAUCAUUUUCUUCAGACUUGAAGGAGAGUGAUAAAUAAGAUUUGGAGUCAUAGGAUGUUGAUGUACAAUUUAAGGAUUAAAUUAAUUGUGAAAAAUGGAUUAUUGAAUGUUGACUUCCUAGUAUAAAACUACAAGAAUAAAAGCAAAUUCUCCAGCUAUAUUGACUAGUGUCUUGAAUUAUCUUUUUGGAUCUGCCUUAUGUUGUUUUCUGAGAGUCCUUCCUUUACAUAAGUAUUAAAUUAAAGCCUUCAAUAGUUUGUCACGGAGCCCUGGUGGCACAAAUGGUUAAGCACUUAGCUGCUAACCAAAAGUUCAGUUCAAACCCAGCAGCCGCUCCACAGGAGAAAGAUGUGUCUGCUUCCGUAAAGAUUACAGCCUUGGAAACCCUAUGGGGCAGUUCUGCUCUGUCCUAUAGGGUCGCUAUGAGUCAGAAUCAGUGGGGGAGGUUAUAGCAGUAUAAGAAAUAAGGGGGAAAAAAAAACUCUCCUCAUGUCUGAAGGAAUUGGACUUGAGUUGUAAGGGCAAAGUGAUUAUAUAUCACCAUCAUUGACUUAACACUGAUUUUUCCUUUCAGCUUAACCUAUAUUCCUUUACAUUUUUUGUUAUUUUAAAAAUUAGUACAUAUGCCUGGUAGUUUUCUUUCCAACUUAUUGUGAAAAAUUUUAAACGUAUUCAAGAGUAGAUAAAAUAGUGCAGUGAACCUCCAUGUACCCUAUCAGUCAGCUUCAGUAAUUACCAAUUCAUAGCCAAUCUCUUCAUUUAACCCUCUACCAACUUCCCUACUUGCAUAUUAUUUUAAAGCAAAUCCUAGACAUCAUCUCAUUUCAUCCAUAAAUAUUUCAGUAUGUUGCCCUAAAAAGAUAAUGGCUCUUAAAAAAAAAAAAAAACUAUAAAA